CAUUCUCCCAGACUGCCGAGCUGGUUCUGCCAUGGGCCCCUCCAGCGCCUUUCUCGGCAUCCUGUUCUUCUCUGGGGCACUGGGUCUCACCACUUCCCCAACCAGGGGACGGCUCCACUGUUACACUUGCAGCUUUGCUAAGCCCUGCUACCCUGUUCUCACAGAGUGCCAGGAAGAUGAGGUGUGUGGCGUCAGUGUUGGCACCUCAGACCAGAAGGAAGAGGUCAUCGAGCGGAAAGGCUGCCUCCCUCGGGCCCACUGCGCUCUGCUGGGCCGUGCCACCUACUGGUCACAGCCCUACGCUCUUCGGCACCAGUGCUGUGAGCAGGACCUCUGCAACACUGCCGCCUCCCUGCCGCCACUCGCACGCCUUCCCCUCACCGCCCUGUUACUUCUUGUAACCCUCUUUGCCUGGGGAGUCCAUGUCCUCCUCUAGCCUGUGAGUCCAGGUCAACCUAGCACUCCGACGUUAUCGUGGACCUGGAAACAUCUGCACAGAUGUUUUUGAGACAUGCUCACGAAUGUGACUUUGUAUAAA